CAGAGAGUUGGUUCGCGUAAUAAUUCUUCCUCCAGUGCAGUGCAUAUGCAAUCGCAUAGUGUCAGGUGCAACUAAUGACGGCUUUUGGCCCCCGGCUAUGGGCGGUAUUAUUUUGGCUUAUCUAGCCGCCUGGUGGACGUUGUUCUAUCUUCUUGCGUUAAGUGGUGCCAUCGUAAGUGCCGAUCAAGGAUUGCUCCAAGACCUCGGCUUCAACGUUCUUCCUGACAUUUCCAAGAUUAAUAUCAGUCUGGAUGAAUAUACAACAAUGAUGAAUACGUAUCUUCACAUACGGCAGAAAUCUGGUGAUGAUGCCACCACUAUUCCAAAACUACUAACAUUCGAUGUAGAUCAGAAAGUGGUAUGGAAGAGAAAAGUCCCUUCGAUCAGACUGAGGUUUCCUUUGGUGCCCGAUCCCGAAAUAGAAGUAGAAGACGCCCACCUCAGGUUGCUAGCCCCUCCCCAGCUGCACGAGCCCGCCACAGUGAAAGUACAAGUGAACCUCGUCUUGGGAGCAAGAAAGAGACGGCUGCUCGAAGAAAGGAUUCUUUAUCUAUCCAAAAACUCUACAAAAUGGUGCGAAGUGGACGUUACCAGUGCUGUGCAAUCGUGGUUCAGUGGAAAUAUCAACUUAGGCUUAGAGUUAGUUUGCUUAGAUUUCAAUUGUAGGUUGAACCCACAACGGGCGGCCAUCACUUCUUUGGUGCACUCCGGCCUGGGCAGACGUACACGACGAGCAUCCCCAUACCAAAGCGGGGGCAAAACAGAUUGUCCGAAGGGCAAGGGCAAGCGAAAGUGCUGCAGGCAGAACAUGAAAGUUAAUUUUACGAAACUUGACUUUCCGGAAAUGAACUUCAUCCUGCAGCCGAAAACCUAUGAGGCUGGCUACUGCCACGGCCUGUGCCCGCCAGAUUUCAAUCACGCUACCAACCACUCCAGGAUACAGAGCCUGAUGCGCCAAAUGGAACAUAAAAGCACCUCUCGGCGGCCAAAAAAAAUACCGAAAGCGUGCUGUGCUCCCUCUAAACUAGGUUCUCUAGACAUAUUGCUAAUUAAUAAAGACAAUCCCAGCAAAUUGAUGGUAGAAAAAUGGGAUAACAUGGUAGUCGAAGAAUGUGCAUGUUCUUAGGUUAAAAUUAGACAAUGGCGUAAUCGGGAGAUGCGAUGCAUGUUUACUCAUUAUUUGGAGUCGUUAUUUUUGCAAAAAUUCUUCAUUACUAGGAAAUGUAUCGCACAUUAUCUCUUCAACUGAAUCAAUGCAUAUUAUGACAAGUGAUCAGAAUGAUUAGACUCCAAAAUAGAAAAGAUACAAAGAUGCAAAUUGUUGA